AUGCCGCCGCCGGAGCUGACGGAUGAUCUCAUCGACGAGAUCCUCCUCCGAUUCCCCCCGGAAGAGCCCGAGCUCCUCGUUCACGCUGCCCUCGUCUGCAAGCGCUGGUUCCGCCUCAUCUCCGACCCCCGCUUCCGCCGCAGGUUCCGGGAGCUCCACCGCGCGGCCCCGAUGCUGGGGUUCCUCUGCACCGACUACAGGAUUUCCCGCUUCGUGCCCACCUCCUCUGCGCCCCUGCCCCACGCCAUCCCCGGCAGUUGGCGCGCCGUCGACGCGCGCCACGGCCGCGUCCUCCUCAACACCGCGGCUUCCUGGAAUGAUUUCUGGUCCGGCUGUUCGGGGGACGACCUCGUCGUCUGGGACCCCAUCACGGGCUGCCGCCACCGGCUUCCCAAGCUGCCGGAGCACAUGUACCCGCACCUGGACCGCGGCGGUGCUAUGUGCCGCGGUGGAGGGCGGCUGUGA